UUUGAGGCGAACAAUAAUGGCUGCGUUCGUGUGUGGUGAAUGACGUUUUCGGUGGAAUAGUGCACAGUCUCCAUGAAAAACUUGACAUUCGUAAUUCUUACAGAUCAAAGUUUCAAAUAAGAAACUCCCGCCAUUAGUGAAUCAUGGCGAACGCAUCAAAUGUUUUCCGGGUUGGAGAUUAUGUUUACGUUGAAACCAAUCCUGCGUUACCGUAUCAAAUACGAAGAAUUGAGGAGUUGACUAAGACAAGCAAUGGGCAAGUUGAAGCUAAAGUUCAGUGUUUUUACAGAAAGAGAGAUUUAUCUUCAGCCCUUGCAGUUCAGGCUGAGAAACAUUUGAUACAAGCAGAAGAGGAUGCAGAAAUUGAAAUGGGUGACAAUGAAAUGGAAGAUGUGUUAAGACAUCAGCUGAUUCACAGAGAAGUGUUUUUGUCCAGACAGUAUGAAAAUAUUAAUGCCAACACCAUUAGAGGAAAAUGUUUGGUGACUCUUUACAAUGAGGCUGAAGUUCUACCAAAAUAUUUAGAAAAAGAGGACUGGUUUCAUUACUUUCUUGUUUACGAUCCUCAACAAAAGACUUUAGUUGCUGACCGAGGAGAAAUGGGAAUAGGCACUGCUUAUCAAGCUCAAGUACCCAAAACAGCUCGUAAAGGACUUCAAGAUGAUAGGGAUCUUUCUAAACUGGAAACUUUGGUUUGGAACCCAAAAAAUCCCCUGCAGGAUCAACACAUUGAUCAGUUUCUUGUUAUAGCAAGAUCUGUGGGGACAUUCGCCAGAGCUCUUGAUUGUAGCAGUUCAGUUAAGCAGCCAAGCUUACACAUGAGUGCUGCAGCAGCUUCUCGAGACAUCACACUGUCUCAUGCCAUGUGUGCUCUCCAUAAUAAUGGGUACAAUGUCAGCAAGGCAAUUGCUAGUCUGGUUCCCUCCGGUGGACCCAUUCUUUGUCGUGAUGAGAUGGAAGAGUGGUCAGCAGGAGAAGCAACUUUGUUUGAAGAAGCCCUUCAAAAAUACGGAAAAGAUUUUGCUGACAUUCAGAAAGACUUUCUUCCUUGGAAGAGUCUACCAAGUAUAGUGGAAUAUUAUUACAUGUGGAAAACCACAGACAGAUAUUUACAACAGAAAAGACUUAAAGCAGUCUCUAAGGAAUGUAAUCUAACACAGAUCUACAUACCCGGCCUUGGUGGAAGUACAAGUCAAUCAGGGAAAAAGCAGACAUCUACUAUAAUUUUAACUCCACCACCUGGUGUAGCAACUAACCUCAUUGGUGUUACUUGUGAAAGCUGUUAUGGUACCUCAUCCCAGCAGUGGUAUCCCUGGGGAGUUCCAAAUUCGCAACAUAAAUUCUGGCUUUGCACGUUGUGCUGGAUUUACUGGAAGAAGUAUGGUGGACUUAAAAGACCAGAUGGUCUGUCUGGAAAGGGUCAUGGCGGUCUUCAGCCAAGCUACACCUGCAGAGUAUGCGGCAAGGUCUUCAACAGAGCAGAGCGUCUGUCCAGUCACAUGGGAACACACAAGGUGUACAAGUGUGGGGUGUCACGAUGUGAAAAGGUUUUCAACUCUCGUCCCAACCUCACUCGGCACCUAACAGCCGUGCAUGGAUGCAGACCACCCAGCCCGCGUAAACUCAAACCUAGGUCACCGUUUUACAUAAGGGCCUUACCGCUGACCAAACUGGCUCGGCGGCUGUGCCAAGAUCUGUAUAAUAAAGUGCAUCAUUGUCGAGUGGUCGGAGAAGCUCUGAAUAUCCAAGAAAUCAGAGCACAGUGUUUAAAGAGGCUAGAGACGCCUAAAGCUGAGGCCAUAAUUAAAGCGAAGAAACGGAGGGUGGAGCGAAAACUUCACGAUGUCGUGGACAAGAUUAAAGCAAACCCGCCAAAACCACACAAACCUCCUAAACCGUCCAAACCAACCUUACUACCCCUCCCUAAGGAACACUCACCAACUUCACCAUCCCCUCCCACUCCUACUGGUCACUCAAUUACCUCCCCUUCAAGAAAAAUGAUUCCCCCGUCGAAGAGCUAUGUACCUAUUCAGCCGACCCCGCCCAAGGCCAGCGACUGGAAGUACGCAGCCAUCCCCUCAGCUAAACCUGUUGUACAAAGUCAGCAAACUUCCCAGCAGACGACGAACCAUAUGAUGGCCAGGAAGCGGUCUCACGAAAGUGGCUCCGUGCAACAGAAUGGUAUUGACGGUCCUUCGGCUAAACGGCUCAGUGCAACGUCACCAUUGGGGAAGAAAGGCUGUGAGUGCACCUACUGUGGAAAGAUCCUUCAUAAUCAAGCGAGCUUAACACACCAUGAACAAACGAUGCACGCGUCUGCAGAGCCGCCUAAACAGCGGUCGUAUCCCGCAUAUUGUGACGUCAGCCCGGCCUUGGGUCCCGGAUCUACUAAGAUUGUGCCAUAUGCGCAGCAUUCAGUGACGUCAUACAUCAAUGGACAGCUUCAUUUAGAGCGUGGCAUGAACAAUUUGCCCAACUACUCCCCCUCAGGGGCAGCAAACAAGCCGUACCUCCUCCCAAAGCCUACAGCUCCUGUUAAGGGAAAUCCCGAGGGAGGUGUCAUAGUGAAUUCAGUGGCCACACCAGUUCCUAACAGGGUAGUAGUCGGUGAGAAUGCCAAGCCGGUGGAAAAUAGCAAGCCAAGUCCGGUGAUCAAGUCUGUAAGCUCCAAAGGUCACCACCUGAAUCCGCAGUUCAUUGAUCCACCAGAGGAAUUCCAGUUCCGCUCAAACAAACGCUCAAGGAAAGCACGCAGAGUCUUACCAGCGGACUCCCAAAAAAAAGUUGCGCGAAGACCGUGGAAGGAAGUGAAAUGUAGCGUGCAUCUUCGCGCCCUUAUUUACGCCAUGCCGCCCCCGCCAGAAAGCGAAGCAGUGGAACCUAUUGUUAUCGACGAUGACUAAGAUGUUGAUCAGAUGCAAACUUGAAGCUCGCGUUGGGAAUGGUUAAAGAUGGCGACAUGUGUGAGUCACGUGGUAUGUGAUGUCACCACAGGCUUUGCAUGGCUUUAGAUUCAAGAAAUUCUGGAAAUUUCGUCUGUAAAACACGUGCUAUUUUGGACGGAAUCUAGACUAUCUGAAGUUUAUGAGGUCAAAAAGUAAAACUGUUCAAUUGACCUAAUUCCCUUACGUCUCUAUUGUGCAAUUUGUACGAAGACGGUAAAUUAAUUCUUCUUUUUAAUUAGGAAAAAAAAAUCUGAUACUCCCUUCUCUUUGACAGCGGAUGUCAUAUACACAUUCGCAAAUGUAUAGUAGUCUUCGCUUGAAUAUACCUCAACGGAGGAGAGAGUUUACGGUGUAGAAAUUCGUUUCACUUGACUUAAGCAUUCUGUUUCAUUUUGUGGACCAAUGCAUUCCUUAGACGAUAAGUAGUAGCUGCUGAGUGUAGCAAUUAGUUAGAGCUGGAGAGGUAGGGGGUGGGGUGAGCCGACUGAUACAUCCCCUCCUAGGGAAAUUCCUGUAGAUUUUGUUUUCAGGUUUAGAGGUAGUAUGUGUUAGAGAGAAUGAAGAAUAUAUGAUUCAAGGCCGCCUGGGAAAGUCCUUAGGUAAAGUGUUUUGCAGUAUUGUAUUAUAGUUAUUAUAAGCGUAUAUUCGUUUUAUAUUGAGAGACCCUAUGUAUUGGAUCAGAUUUUUAUUUUAAAGUACUUUGUCUAUUAGUGUUAUAUUGUCUAUGUAAUUAUUUAUUUGGUCUUGCAGUAAACUGUAAGAGACUCGAACGCCUUCCUGGCGAGAGAGAUAAAAGCCUUCAAAGGUCAA